AUGGCUACAACUAGUAAAGCUAGUGUUAUUUUGAAAAAUCUUCUAUCUGAAUUAAAAGCAAUUACACCAGAAACAAUUAAUUAUAAGGAUACCCUGGCAGCCAAAUAUGUGAUUUCACAAUUUAGAAAAUUCGAAACAACUGAACAGCAGCAUUGCAGAGCUAAGGAGGAAAUGCAGUUCAAUGCAAAAACUUACCUUUGCUAUUUACAGAGCAUUCGAAAGCUUAAAGCGAUCAAUACAGCGUACAGUGGUCGAGGAGAACGGAGCAUUCGCGAAACUGCUGACAUGGUAGGUUUUAAGCUUCCACAUGAUCCCAAGUAAAAAGGAUUGUUCACUCUUAAAGAAUGUUUCAAAUAAAAUUAUGUAUUCAAAAAUCUA